GGCUGCGGUUGGCGGUGGCGGCGGCAGUGGCGGCGGCGGCGGCGGCGCGGGCAGAGGGCGUCCGGGCGGGAUCAGCGGCCAAGCGGGACCGGCGCUCGCAGGUGGCCGAGGCUGACCGCCGGCCCGGGGGCCGAGCGCCGAGGGCCAGGCGGGCGCGGCCAGGGCAGCUCCGGGCCAGGGCCGGGCCGGCCGGGGGGCGACGGCGGGGGCGGCCGGCGGGCGGCCGGGGCCGGAACGAUGACUCUGGAGUCCAUGAUGGCGUGUUGCCUGAGCGAUGAGGUGAAGGAGUCCAAAAGGAUCAACGCCGAGAUUGAGAAGCAGCUGCGGCGGGACAAGCGCGACGCCCGGCGCGAGCUCAAGCUGCUGCUGCUCGGCACGGGUGAGAGCGGGAAGAGCACAUUCAUCAAGCAGAUGCGCAUCAUCCACGGGGCGGGCUACUCAGAGGAAGACAAGCGGGGCUUCACCAAGCUGGUGUACCAGAACAUCUUCACGGCCAUGCAGGCCAUGAUCCGGGCCAUGGAGACCCUCAAAAUCCUCUACAAGUAUGAGCAGAACAAGGCCAACGCGCUGCUGAUCCGGGAGGUGGAUGUGGAGAAGGUGACGACGUUCGAGCACCGGUACGUGAGUGCCAUCAAGACCCUGUGGAACGACCCCGGCAUCCAGGAGUGCUAUGACCGCAGGCGCGAGUACCAGCUCUCUGACUCUGCCAAGUACUACCUGACCGACGUGGACCGUAUCGCCACCUCAGGCUAUCUGCCCACCCAGCAGGACGUGCUGCGGGUGCGCGUGCCCACCACCGGCAUAAUCGAGUACCCCUUCGACCUGGAGAACAUCAUCUUCAGGAUGGUGGACGUAGGAGGCCAGAGGUCCGAGCGGAGAAAGUGGAUCCACUGCUUCGAGAACGUGACAUCCAUCAUGUUCCUUGUGGCCCUGAGUGAGUACGACCAAGUGCUGGUGGAGUCGGACAACGAGAACCGCAUGGAGGAGAGCAAGGCGCUCUUCCGGACCAUCGUCACCUACCCCUGGUUCCAGAACUCAUCCGUCAUCCUCUUUCUCAAUAAGAAGGACCUGCUGGAGGACAAGAUCCUCUUCUCCCACCUGGUGGACUACUUCCCCGAGUUUGAUGGCCCGCAGCGGGAUGCGCAGGCUGCCCGGGAGUUCAUCCUGAAGAUGUUUGUGGACCUGAACCCUGACAGUGACAAGAUAAUCUACUCCCACUUCACGUGCGCCACCGACACGGAGAACAUCCGCUUCGUCUUCGCCGCUGUCAAGGACACCAUCCUGCAGCUCAACCUGAAGGAGUACAACCUGGUGUGACCCGAGGCCACGCUCCCGCCCACGCCAUCCACACCGCCAGUCUGCGUGGCGUCUCUGCCCACGGGAGUCAGGGGUUCAUAUUUUUAAACAAAUGGUUUUUAUUUCACAGUUAUCAGGGGAUGUACAUCUUUCUUUCUAUACACCUCGUGCACCUUCUCACCUUUUUGUCAGUGGCAAAGGCCACCUUUUUCUGGCCUUGACUUGUGGCUUGCUUUUUUCUAAAAAGAAAAAAAGGAAAAAAAAAAAGAACCUACGGAAGACCGGCAGAGAGGAGACCUGGGCCUCCCUCUAGCCAGUGGGGGGCUCUGCAUCAGGGGACUUGGCCGAGCAUCGCAGCAGGAUGGCUUCUUCCCUGGUUUCUUCUUGAUCUCCUGGAGGCGCGGAGACGCAGACACUGGGACUUUUCUUUCUUCCUUUUUUAAGUUAUUGACAUCCUCGCCACUGUCGCUGCGUUUCUGCACCGGACUCCAAGAAGUGGGGGUGGGUGGCGCCCCCCGCUGCCCGCCCUGGGAAGUGCCUAACCUUUUUUUUUUUUUUUUCUUUUUUGAGGAAAUAAAAUAAAACCAGCCCCUGGGCCCUGGCUUACACCCCUGCCCAUGGUGGGAGCCCUGGGGGCUUUAGGGUUCUCUGGGCUGGCCUCCGGGACCAGUGUCUCCCACUGGGAGCACUCCUGGGCUCCUGAGGGCUGCUGCCCAGGCACCCCUGAUGGCCUUGGGCCACCACGCAGGUAGGAGAGCCCCACCAGGGCCUGGGAGAAGGCCCAUUUGGACUGGGAGUCACUCUUUGUUCUGUUCCAUUUUGUAGCCAGUUUGGAAACAGUGGGGGUGGGGUGGGAACUUUUUCAGAAUAUUCUCAGGUCUGACCCCCGAUUGGCAGAGAGGGAGGCAGGGAGGGUCGCCCUGGCGGGUCCAUGGCCACCCCACAGGUGCACACCGUGCUGCCCUCUGCCCAGAGUGGAGCCAUCGGGGCUUGUGGCAGCUGGAGGGAGGCCCUCAGGCCCACGCACUGAGGCCCCUCCCAGAGGGCCUGAAGGUAGGGAGAGGCAGGGCUGGUGUUUGCCGGAAGAAGUGGGUGUUUCAUGCUGUGUGGACUGCGCACCAUGGUGGUUUGUUUUUGCACAAAUGUGGCGUCAGUGGACUGCCAGUGAUGCCUUGCCUGCCCAGCGCUUCUGGACCCUGAACAUUAGCGCUCUGUGCGGCCCUUGACAAAUAGAGAGGAACAACUCAAAAAUCACACCAGCCCACACCAGCCCUGUCCCUGGCUGGCGUCCCCUCCUGCCUCCCUCCUGCCCCUGAUGCACAGGGCCCAGGAUGGGGGCAGAGUGGGCAGGACCCAAGCUUCUGGGCCUGUUCUCUGGCAUCUCCACUGAAAGGGCCAUCUUUUGUGCUGUGUGACCACUAGAGAGAGUUUGUGCCAUAACCCUGAUGUGUGCGCUGGGGGGCAGAAGGUGCCGCUGGCGGUGGGCCUCCCACAGGCCCAGAUCACACAGGGAACUGGAUCGGGUGGCGUGAGCACGUGGGUGGCAGGGAUGGGGGCACCCAAAGUAUUAGCUUCCAUAGAGGAUUAGUGUGCCAAGAUCCCAGAGUGAGCUUGGCCACAGUGCCAAACCUCCCUGCGGGCCUGGUGCCCCCAACAGUUGCCUGGCCCUAUGCCAUGCAGAGGAGGGUCGGGGUGGCAAGCCUCGGCCCCUUCUUCACCCAGUGUGUGAGGUUAGUUUCUGGUGAACUUCACCUCCAUGGCGCUUCCCCUGAGUGGUGACCCCCCGCCCCCACUGUGUCCCAUCACCCAUCAGAACUGCCCUCCCAGUGCCAACACCCCCAGUGGCAGUGAGGGACCGUGACCGGGCUGGCCGGUGGGGGCGACCUUGUCCGGUUGUACUUGUAUAUUAAACAGUCCUGAUUUCAGAUGACUUAAACCUUAGCCUAUUUAAAAAAGAAUAUUAUAUAAAAAUGCUGUUUUUAAACCUUUGGUCGUUGAAAUGCAUGUGUUGUCUGUGCGGGCUGAGGGCCGGGCGCCAUCAGCUCAGUGCCAACCUUCUGUGGCCAGAGCUGCCCAUGUCCAGGCAGUGGUGGUGGCUCUGCUCAGCAUAUCGGGGCCCUGACCCCUUAAUCCAGAGAUACCUAUGGAAAUUGACUUUUCAUAUCUUUCUCCUGAAAUGAAUUCUCUUUUAAAUUGGAAUAAAUUUUGUUCCUAAACA